UGUAUGUUUGUGUAAAUGUGCCUGGAUGAGGGCCAGCACACCGAGACUGAACCCUGGUUAGGCAGAGACCCUGUGGCUGAGCGAUUCACAGGUCCAGGCAUUGGACAGUUCACCGCUUCUGGAAGUGGUUGCACUCCCUCUGAAGGAGCAGUGUCAUCAAUGACUUAUUUUGCGUACAAGGGGAUUUCUUUUCCUGUAGUUGACUACUCACUGGAAACACUCAGCUAUGUGGAAAAUGAAUUCCAGCUGUUGGAUGACGAUAUAGCGAAUGUUGUUUACCCCAAGUCAGGUACCAAUUGGAUGCAGGAGAUCUUGGGCUUAAUCUGGCAUGAUGGGAACCCCUCGUGGGUUCAGAGUUUACCAGUGUGGGAACGGUCACCCUGGAUUGAGACGGAUGAGGGCCUGAAAACAGCCUUGAAAUAUCCGUCACCCAGGCUCCUGGCUAGUCACCUGCCAUCCCACGUUUUCCCCAAGUCCUUCCUCCACUCCAAGGCCAAGGUCAUCUAUACCCUGAGAAACCCUAAAGAUGUGCUGGUCUCAUUCUACCACUUCUCCAAGGUCUGUAAAGGAUUCAAGGACCCUGGGACUAUGGAAGAGUCAAUGGAGGAGUUCCUGAGUGGGAAUGUGCCUUAUGGUUCCUGGUUUGACCAUGUGAAAGGCUGGAUGGAGAUGAAGGACAGACCCAAUGUCUUCUUCAACACGUAUGAAGAAUUACAGCAGGACCUGCGUGGGAGUGUGGAGAGGAUCUGUUGCUUCCUUGGCAAAGAGCUCAACAGCCAACAAAUCGACUCUGUGGUGGACAAUGCCUCCUUCCAGAAGAUGAAGGACAACAAGAUGUCCAACUUUUCCUUAGUCUCAGAGAGGCAUAUUGACCAUAAGAAAGGAAAGCUCAUGAGGAAAGGAAUCUCUGGGGAUUGGAAGAACCACCUGACCGUGGCACAGAGUGAACGCUUUGACCGGGUUUAUCAGGAGAAAAUGCAGGGUGCGAAGAUUCCCUUUCCAUGGGACUGACAAGAACCAGAUUGUUCCACCUGAUGUUCUUCAUCCUCGCACUCUUAUGUCUCAUAUAGUUCAUGUUCCUUCUGAUUAAUCACCAGGCAUUUUUACUGGGGAAUUUUUCGUUCCUCAGAUAUGGGAAGUAAUGGCACAACCUGUACAGCAGAGGGCAGUGGAUGUUAAAAAUAUGCCCAGUGCUGCAUGGGUACAUGAUAUUUGGAAUUCUAGCGUAGCUCCAGGGUUACCCUUGCUUGUCUCAAAAUAAACAUUGGGAUGUAUUCAACUAUUUUUUAAAUUAAGGAACCUAAGUUAGUCUGUUAACUUCAGUUGGUCUACUCUGAGUAAGACUAGCAUUAAACACUACGUUUCUUUGUAAAA